CAAAUGGAGAUUCAACCAUAAUAGAAAGAAUGGAGAACUAUUAACCACCUUUCUUCUGUGGGCUGUGAUUUUCAGAUGGGAAUGCUAAGAGAUAGAUCAAGCACCUCCAAAAUACGAAUUCCUGUACACAGUGAGCACAUUACUUAAAAUGAACACUUACGUGAAUUAAGUAUAUGGACAGCCUUAGGAUAAGCUGACAUUAUAGAUUCAGCUAGGUAAGCAACAAACCAUAGUGCCAAAUGGAAAAAGUGUAUUUGCAAAUAAAUUUUUAAAACUGUGUUAAGUUUUAUAAUUAAAUGCAGAAAAUAUACUGGUUUGCUGAAAUAAAUAAGAUGUGAUGUAUUAACACUUCACUAUAAAGAAUGCAUACCAGAACAUUUAUAAACAGUGAAUGAGUCUUAUUAGGAAUAUUUCCUACAACAAACGCUGGUUAAAUAGAAAUGCAUAUUUUGAAGCACUGUGGGUGGUAUAUGUUUUGCCACAUACUUUUGUUACCUUGAAGUAGAUAACGCAUAUGUAGUAAAAUUGGCAUUCAUUUUCAGUUGCUGCUGGUAUCAUGCUUUAAGAAAUGUGUACAGUGUGAAAAAUUUGAAAAUACUCAUGAAUGAAAAAUGUCUUAGAAAAAAAUAGCUAUUUUCAUGCAGUUAUGUACAGUCUCACUGCAUAAAUUUCAAGGCAAGAUUUGUUUCCUGUAAAGCAGAUCAUUGUUCUAUGAGAGAAUGUUCUUUACUUUGUGCAUUUCUUUUCUCCCCUUGCAUUACAUUAUUUUGCUCUAGUCUUUGCUUCUGUGUGCAUAUAACAUGCCAGUUAAAAUGAAAACUAUCUACCCUAGAACUUAAAGUAUAAUAAAAAAAAUAAAAAAUAAAAAAAAAAAAUGAAAACUAUCUCACAUGUACAAAAAGAAAGUCUGGAUUUUAAAAACCAAGAACUCAUAAAAUCCUGAUUAAAUGACACCAUCUGAUUCAAGUAAUAAAUGACUUAAACACUAGUAAAAAAAAGACAAAACACAUUUCAUGAAGAAUACAAAGAUAAAUGUCUGCUGAGUGUUUUAGUUCAGAUGUUUCAGAAUACUGCUGCAUGUUUUAUGAGGAAUUUGAGGGGAAGAUUUCAUAGCAGAAGGUGUUAAUGUGGGCUGUAUUGACUUAAGUGGUGACCCAACUGGACUGUGAAAUUGCAGGAUGCCUAAGGACUCCAGCUGCUUGUUACAGAGGAACUCUCCACUGUUGUUCAGAAAUCUUUCCUCAUUUCCUCUCUCCCCAAGUUUCCCAUCCUCUACUGGCUCAGUUUCUGGCAUUUCAGUAUCCUCUUUCCUGCUAAAGAACUUGUCCAACUAACUAGUAACUAUUUUUGGUGUGCAUUAGCAUAACUUUUAUUGGGGGCUAUAUAGCAAUAUCUACCCAAAUUACAUCUUUAGUGAUCCAAAAUUCCACUUCUGGGGAUUUAUUUGGUAGAUAAGCUUGCAUUUAUGUAAGAUGAUCCAGGUAAAAAGUUAUUUUUUAUAGCACUGAUUAUGACUGCACAAGGUUAGAAAUUAUGCAGAUGUUCACAGCUAAGGAAAUUUCACACAAUGGAUACCACUCAAGUGUGAAAGAAAAAAGAGAAAAUUAUCUCUAUACUGAUACGGAAGGAUCUCCAAGAUUAACUUUGCACAGAAAGAGCAAAAUGCAGAGUGGUGUGUAUGGAAUGCUAUCUUCAGUGCAAAUAAGAGGAAAAACAAGAAUACAUUUUUAUUUACACUUUCUAUGUUAACAAGCAAUGUCAUAACACUCACUAGGUGUCAGGUACUUUAUUAAUUUAAUCCUUGUAACUUCAGGAGGUAGGUAUUAACAUUACCCCAAUUUCAAAGAGAAGGGCAGUAGGAAUAGAGAGGUUAAAUAAUUACUCUACAGUCACACUGCUAGUCACCUAAAGGAGCCAGCAUUGACACCCUAAGCAUCAUAUUAAGCAGACUAAUUUGAAGCUAAGAAAGGGAGGGUGGGAGGGAGGAUUGGAUGGAUGGGAAACUUGUGUGACUUUUUAUAUAUGUAUUUUUGAACCAUGUACAUAUGUUACCUAUCAAAAAGUUGAAAUAGAAAAAACUGUGUCUGAUCUGCUCAAGUCACUCACUUUCCACAUGAGAGGCAGACAUCUCAAGAGAAGUAAUAGUAGCAGCCUCUAGUGGGGGUUUAUCAAAGUCUUACCCACAGUCCUCUGAGAUUUUAGAAUGAGAAAGAUUAUUUAAUCCCAUGAGAUAGAUUCCAUGCCCUGUGACCUGGGGUGAGCAGCUAACACUUGGGGCGCUGCAGUCUGGGGAGGCUGAGUGCACAGGCCCCCAUGGCCCACAGCCCUUCCUUUCACAAGCCCCUUCUUCAGGAGCGCCCAGAGCUGGAUCGCUGCCCUGGCAGAGACCCUGCCUAUCUUGCUGCUGCUUCUCGGGGCAGCCCAUUACUUCCUGUGGCAACAGCAGGAGGGAAAAAGACUCUGUUCAGAAAGAAAAAGGGCGCAAGAGUUGAGAGAAACAGCAUGAAGCACAAUGAAGCAAGAACGAAUCACAUGAGUGAAGCUCCUGGAGGAACUCAGGGAGAGAGACCUUGGGCCUAUAAUGAGAAUCUGAAAGACUCCUGACCCUACACACCCCCUUGCAAAGCCUGGCCAUGCAGCCUCUACCCUUCAUGACAGAGGGAACAGAGCCCACCAUUUUUGAGAAGAUGCCACCACUGAUCCAUCAGAGUUGUAGAGGAGGGAAGCUGGACCCUGGAAGAGACUCUGAAGAAAAUGAGAGAAUACAGGUAGUGACGGGAGAAUGCAAUGGGGAAAAGUACAAGAAUACUGACCUUUUCCUUAUCUGUGUCUCCUUCCUUUCAGAAUGAAAAAAGGCCCUCUUCAAGCCAGGUGAGUAAAUCACUGUAUGUACCCUGGACCAACAACCUGAGGGACUAUAUUCCUUUUUCCUUUUUUCUUCUCCAACUCCUGUGAUUUGGGGAAGAAAUGUCCCCAUAACCAGGACAGUUUGGGAUAGGCAACAUUAAAUCCCAAUCUGAAAGGUGGGCCCAUCUCCUAGACCCUUCCAGCUGAGAGCUCAGGAAACCAGGGCAUAUUGCUCUCUUGCGCUUCCUCAGACCUUCCAGGGAAGGAAGACACAUAAAGGGUGGAGCUGAGGGGAAGGAGACACACACUGAGUGAUACUGCAGGGAGAGUGAGGAUGGAAAUGCCAAACAGAGGAGUGGAUGCCUGCCCAUAGAACUUUGCCCUUCCAGGCUUCCCUUGCUACCUACUAUCUGUGUCCCCAGACAAAUGCUUCUGAACUUUGGCCUCCACAUUUUUCGAUGAUGAUUGCAAUCUAUGUUUUGUGGGAGUUGAGGUGAAGACUGAAGGAAUAAUAAAUAUGCAUUGGUCAAAAACCUAGUAAGAAAGAGAUGACGAGUUCAAACUGUGUGGUUGAAGAGGGUUUGUGGAAAGGAGGGUUAAGGGAAAGCAACAAGGAAAAGUGCAGUGCCCCCAUGGUUCCCAACAUUGGGGCACAGUCUCCACCCCUAGCCUGGGAGGGAUAGGGAGGGGAGGCAGUUACUGGAACCCAGAGUAAGAAGUAGCUCAAAGAGAGGGCUUCCUGAGAGAGUCACCAGGCCGUGUUAGAGCCACACCAGCUGCUGCUGGCAGAGAGGAAGCAGGAAAUUAAAUGGUGUGUCUCUCCUUCCUUUCUCCUUCCAAUCUCCUAUCAGGGCCGCCCAUUGGCCAAACCCAACAGCAAACCAGAGGACAAGGAAGCCCAGUGGCACUCUCUUUAGAGGACAGAUUUCUGGGGCCCAGAAAAGGGUGGAGAAAGCUGAAGGGCAGAGAGCGAAUCUAUUGCAUAUAAGGUCCCACAUAUAGCCCAGCACAGAGACGGCCUUACAGCUAUCGGGAACAUCAGGAGCUUCCUUCAUGCCCUGCUGUGGGCUGAGUAAAUAACAUGAUUGCUUUAUACAGCGCUAGAAAUUUGUAUGUUUAUCCCCAUUUUUCAGAUGAAGAAAUGCUUCAGAUGAGGCUCCACUUUGUUAAAUAACUUAGAUGUAUGGAAAAAUA